AUGAGUCCAUUCCCGUGGUUGCCAACAAGACCUCCCUUCCCUAAACUACUUCAACUCCAGGCCCUGAGCAUCGUGCUCGCGGUCAUCAGCAUCUUCGUCACGGUGCAGGCGUACACGACCCAACUCAAGCCGGAUUUGGUCAUGGUGUGGAUGCCCCUGCCCAUCACCCUGGACAUUGGCGCCAUGAUGCAGCUCGCCUUCCUCAUCAUCCAGGAGAACGGCGCCGUCAUACUCUGGCGCUCCCUUAAACAUUCGCUGAGGCUACCCGCAAACCGCAUCAGUUAUCCGUACCCGUCCUCCGUCACCGACCGUAGGGCAAGUAAGACGGAGGGUGGUUUCAGCCAGGCGCCCGGCGCCCGGAGCUCCUCCGUCCGGAUAUCAACCCUCCACACGGCCGAGGAGAUGGAGGCGCAGUGGUGCUCUCCCGCCUUCCAGGACGGAAGCUCCGUGAUUGCCGACUGCGCAGUUCACCACAUCGUGCCCGGACGAGACGGGACCAUCGACUGUAUCAAGCUGCCGGGCACGGACCAAAAGAAGUGGCUCGUGGCGACCGUGGCCAUCAUUUCGGUUUCUCUAGUGGCGCAGAUCGCCGACGCCAUCAUCCUGGUGUACACGAGGCAGAGGGGAAAGCGACCGUGGGUGUCCAUGGUGUUCGGGAACAUGAUUUUGCUGGGGAUUAUGGGAGCCAGCAUCUACAGCGCGUUGCACGUGCCGGUGAACGUUGAUCGCGGGAUCUGGGUGUUUAAACCUCUGCCCGACGGAGAGGGUACGGUGUGCAAAGCGAAGCUGCGAGGUCCGGCGGUGAGGGGCGAGAUAAUAGCGUGGACGGAUGGGUUCUUGGAGAGUUGGGGUGUUGCCUAUAAUGGAGGUAGUGAUUAG